UCGAACUAGCUUCGGCAGGAUUGUACAUUGAGCAGGGCUCCAAUUGUUGAGUCGCUGUGCCAAUCGCCCGUCAUAAGUGUCUGGGGAAGAAAGCAGGAGGUGCUCGAGAGUGACACACCGCGAGAUCGAACGUUGAAUUUAUUGCAUUGGUGGAGUGUAGCGGAGGCGAGUGUAGGGCGAGAUAAGUAAGAGAAAGUGGUAGCGUAAGGGUUGUCGUUUGCACUAACGCCGUGUCCUGGGGAGAUGCGGGGAGAUGCAUUAGCAGAGUGGAAGCUCCAGCGACAUAAGUGAGGAAAUAAUAGGUGACACACAGAGAGACACUUUGGCGAUUGUGAUCGACUGGCGUAGGAGCGGCAAAGCAUCAAUAACCUUCUGUUCUUGCCAUAGGGCAACCAAUGCAUGUGCAAGUGCACCGGUAAGGAUCGGUACGAAACGGUCGCAAGUCGCGAAAAGGGAGCAGUAGAAAGCGCGAGGAAUUAAAAGAGUCGAGGUAGGGCGAGGAAGGAAGAGAUAGAGGGAGAGAGGGAGAGAGAGAGAGAGAGUAGGAGUGAAGAGGGGAAAGGAAGGAAGGCAUUUGCGGCGGGUCACAUCCCUGGAAGUAGCGCGGAACCACACGAGCGUGUGGUACAGUUCUCGAUGGUGUCACAGGACCGUUGGGCGGAAGCAAUGUCCGACUCCGGGUACGAUUCGCGCACGGACGGCAACGGUGCGUCCAGCUCGUGCAACAACUCGCUCAACCCGCGGACACCGCCGAACUGCGCCCGUUGCCGCAACCACGGUCUGAAGAUUGGGCUGAAGGGUCACAAGCGCUACUGCAAGUACCGCACCUGCCACUGCGAGAAGUGCUGCCUGACCGCCGAGCGACAGCGUGUGAUGGCGUUGCAGACCGCACUGCGGCGUGCCCAGACGCAGGACGAGCAGCGGGCGUUGAACGAGGGCGAGGUACCACCCGAGCCGGUAGCUAACAUUCACAUACCAAAGCUGUCAGAGCUGAAAGACCUGAAGCAUAAUAUGAUUCAUAAUUCUCAGACGAGAUCGUUUGAUUGCGACUCCUCCACCGGAUCGAUGGCGUCCGCACCGGGGACCUCCAGCGUGCCCCUGACGAUACACCGACGGUCGCCGGGAGUGCCGCACCAUGUCGCCGAACCGCAGCAUCUUGGAGCUACUCAUUCGUGUGUUUCACCAGAACCUGUUAAUCUCCUACCUGACGAUGAGCUAGUGAAGCGGGCCCAGUGGCUGCUGGAGAAGCUCGGUUACCCCUGGGAGAUGAUGCCCCUGAUGUACGUCAUACUGAAGAGCGCCGAUGGCGAUGUACAAAAAGCACACCAGCGGAUCGACGAAGGUAAACGAACGAUCAAGACGUACGAGGCGCUGGUCAAGUCUUCGCUGGAUCCCAACAGCGAUCGGCUGACGGAGGACGACGAGGACGAGAACAUAUCGGUGACCCGCACCAACUCCACCAUCCGGUCACGGUCCAGCUCGCUGUCGCGGUCGCGAUCGUGUUCGCGCCAGGCCGAGACGCCGCGGGCCGACGAUCGGGCCCUGAACCUAGACACCAAAUUCAAACCAUCCACCAGCAGCAGUAGCACCGGCUGUGAUCGUGACGACGGCGACUGCAUCGCGUUCGAUGACAGUGCGUCCGUGGUGCGGGGCCACGGGCCACGGCCAACCACCGGCAGCGGUGGCCGGUCACGCACCCAUCACAAACGGUACACCCAGCCGGUGGACAGUGGCAGCGCGCCGGACCGAUCGCCCGUGCCCGAGGAGGAUCCCACCACCGUCUACGACAGUCUCGUGGAGGCGGCGAGCAAAAAGGCGCGCUCGUUCAGUCCGGCCCGGGAACCGGAAGAUCUGCACACCUCGCACAAAUCGCCGGAGCGGGACGAGAGCCACCAGAGCCAACCGUACGAAGCGUACCUGGAGUCGGUGCGGCGGAGUAAAAAGUCCUUCGCGCUCAAGGACGCAGGGGUGGAACCGGCCGAGGAGUGCUACGAGAAGGAGAAGGAACAGCGCAUUCCUUACCCGGUGCCCAAGAGCACCUUCGAGCGGUUCGAUCUGCUGAAGAAGCCGAACGGACUCGGGCUGCCGAUGUACAAGUACAGCGGGCUCGAGACGAACAACUUCGCGCUACCGCUGCUGCUGCCCGGGCUGGAGGCGGUCAAUCGGACGCUCUACUCGACGCACUUCCCGACCUCGCUUCUGCCGUCCAGCCUGUAUCCGUCCGUCAGCAGCGAGUCCACGACCGUGCCGAUGUUCCACACGCACUUUCUAGGGUAUCAGCCGCCGUUGCAGUUGCCCCACGUUGAUCACUUCUAUCGGAAGGAGCAGCAGCAACAGCAGCAGCAACAGCAGCAGCAACAGCAGCAGGCAUUGACCGAACCAAAGGAACCACAGACGUCCUCGUCGUCGCCCAGCAACAACCGCUUAACGCCACCGAAGGGUGCAUUUUUCUACGCGAGUGCGGUAGAGAAUUCGCUCUCUGCUCAGCAGGCUUCAAUUGCUACCAUCCACUAAGAUUGUGCCGCUUUUCCCAAGGUGCAAGAGUGCUGCCAACCGCUGUUCGAUAAGAUCGAACGGAUUGGAGCCUCACAAGCAAAUCAUUCGUAAGCCCAUAGAUGCUACCUAGUCCUGGCUGUUACUGGUACCGCUGUUCGUGCUCCAGUUCCGUUCCUUAGCGUUGCAUGAGACGAGAACUCUCGCCCUCCGAAAAAAAAAACCACAAACCAAGCCGACCGUUCGGGGCCACCGAGACACAGACACGGGAAUGGGAGGAAAAAUCAACCCCCGAAACGAAGCGGCACCCGUAAGUUGUGUUGUUUAAAUUAAAUCUUCACCAACACCACCACCACCACCACCGUUUAAGCAAUGGGAAUGGACGUGUGCUGUGGCUAGCAGCAAGAAGCAGAUUAUUGAUAUUUUUCGAUCGUGCAACGAAGGUCUACACUGUGAUACAAAAUGUUGUGUACAGGAUAAAUAAUAGAACUUUUGUGUUUUGAAGCAAAAAACAAUGAGGAACCACCCACAAGAAAAACACACACACACAAAUAAGAAGAUUAAUGUAAAAAAAAUAGCGAAGAGAUGAUUGUGAAUGGUUUCGUUUAUGGGUGCAUGUGCAGUAUGCAUGUGGCCACAUGUAAGAGAUGUAGAAUUAUUACUGUCUAUAAAGAAAAACUUAAAGAGAAAAAAAAACCGCAAAGCAAGAGCGAAAAGGAUAAGCUAAAACCAAACCUUCAUAUAACGAAUUGCGCCCUGUUGUUUUUUGUUCUGUUUGCUUUGUGUCAUUUUUUCACUCUGACGUCCACCAAAUUUCCCACCCAAAAUUCGAAACCGACAACUAACAGUAUAGUGUAGCGAAGUAUUGUUUUUUCCGAUAGAAUUGUCCUCGGCACACAACACAGCAGUUUGCGCAACAAAAAUGCAAAGAAAAAUCUCACAAAACGAAACUCAUCAUCGGCAGAAUGCGAAAACAAAAAAACAACAAACAAAAAUCUACAGCGCCCAGCAGUGGCCGCAAAAUGAUUAGUUACUUGUUACUACCUUUCUUUACCGUUUAAUAGCGAAUAGAAAAAUGGGAACUGUAGGGCGAACCGAUCCGUUCAUCUCCCAUGGAAGAUGAAGAUGGUUUUUUUGUGCCGUGAACGCGAAGGAAGAGAACAAAAUGGCUAGUAAUGAAUCGAAUUGUGAUACGCGCGCGUGUACGGCAGCAUAUUGUUCAAUGUUAGCUUAAUAGUUUGUUGGUCAUGAUCAUGAUGGGGACGAUCAUGAAGGUAUUCGGCACACCGCUGGAGAUAGAGUUUUCCAUCUGUUUUUCUUUUGCGUUUGUUUGUUUGAGAAAGGAAUUGUGUGUCCUUUGUCUACUAGAUUCAAGCUGAUGCUGCUUUGAUUUCGAUUAAUUUCCUUUUUUACUCGUAAGCGCGCGCGCACACUCGCACCCACCCCAAACACACACACACACACGCCUCGGCACACGAUCGUACAACGUUUUUUUACGGAAGAAGUUUUAAACUGUGCUAAGUUUGAUUGGUUAUAGAGUUACGUUUUAUUGUGCUAAGUUUAGCGUUUAGGAAUGUGUUUAUCGUCGUUAUGUUUCAUGCGACACGAGCCGCCACACGAAAGUCAGUCGAAGCAUAGCCACCAAAAACGGAUGCUACAGUCGAAUUUAAACAUUAAAACAAGCGGGCGGGAGAAAACAAACACAAACACACAUACAUAAUUGCAUGUAAGGAAAGGCAAAACGUGCCGGCGCACACGAAAUGGAUGCAAGUGUACAGAUGAGAAGAUGAGUUGAAAGGUGUAAUGUUCCAUUAAAAAAAAAAAAAACACGCAAAAAA